CAUCAUGUUUGCGCGGACAUGGGCUGUAAUUUUUUUGUUCGCUCCUACUGUUUUUAGUGAACUCUUUAAGGAUCCGGAGCUGCUUGCAGGAUUUUAUCAGGGGGACAUCAAAGCUCAUCCAAUUCAGUCUCGAAACGGAAUUGUCAAUCAGAUUUAUCACUGGCCCAAUCGCACUGUACCGUAUAUGAUUGAAAAUAAUGCAUUUGCCGACAGUCAUUAUCGGGAAAUUCUUAGAGCCAUUUCCAUCAUAGAGGAAAACUCAUGUGUUAUUUUCAAGCCAGCUACUGAGAUGGAUUUUCCCCUUGCGCUCGUCAUUACGUCAAAAGGUUUGGGCUGCAAUACCGUUCACUUGGGCUACAGGAAUAAGACACAAGUGGUAAAUCUGGAGAUUUACCCACUUGGCGAGGGCUGCUUUCGCAUCGGUUCCAUUAUCCACGAGCUCCUUCACGUUCUGGGCUUCGAGCAUCAGCAUGUGGCCCAAAAUCGGGACCAGUACGUCAGCAUCCAGUGGGAGAAUAUAAAUCCGCAGUACAAUACCAAUUUCGUGAACAACGAUAAUUCUACAGAGUGGCACGACUUUGAAGAAGGCUACGAUUAUGAAAGUGUUAUGCACUAUGUGCCAAGGGCCUUUUCCAAGAAUGGCCAACCCACAAUUGUGCCCCUCAGGGAAGGAGCUGCAAAUAUGGGUCAACGAUUUUAUAUGAGCGAAAAGGAUAUUCGCAAGUUGAACAAAAUGUAUAGAUGCCCCGGUCAUUUCUAGGCAAAAUAUAUUUG